AGGAAGCCACGCUUUUUAAAACUACAAUUCCCAUCAUUCUAAUUAAGGACCGGUCAAUGUAUUGACUAUGCAACCGCCAUAUAAAAACCACAGAAGAAGAAGAAUGAUAUUGAUUAUGCCAUUCAAAACAAGGCAGUUAGCUAACGUUUGUCGUCUCAGGGCUUUGAAAACAGCGUUCCACAAUUAGUAUUUUAGAUACAGAGUGACCUAAGGAUGUCGAUUGUGAAAAGUGGCUUCCUUCAUCGGCAGAGCACUAUUCUGCGGCGGUGGAAGAGAAACUGGUUUGACCUGUGGUCUGAUGGGUGGCUGGUAUUCUUUGAUGACCAGCACCGGCGAGAUAUGGAGGAUGGGAUCCACAUGAGAGUGGACUGCAUUAACAUUCGCAGUGCAACUGCAUGUCAAGAUCUGAACCCACCAGAGGGCAGGAGUCAAAAUGCCCUGCUCCAGAUAGUCUGCAGAGACGGACGGGUCAUCAGCAUUUGUGGAGACAGUGCCGAUGAUGCUUUUGCAUGGACCAUGACUUUCCAGGAUGCCAGAAUCAGCUCUGUGGUCGCUCAUCCUCAGAUUGACUUUGCGCAGAAGAUUGUUGCUUCUGCCUCUCCUCCGUAUUCGGAAUAUGGUCCUCCACCUCCGGUUUAUGUCCCGGACACUUAUGGAGGCUAUGCCCCAGCUCCUCCUUUCCAUGGCACACAGAUAAUUUAUUCAGCUGAUGGGCAGCCUUAUGCGGUUGCAUACCCCUAUCAGUACCAAGGAGCAUAUCCUAUGAGGGAUCCCCAAGGAAUGGACCAGGUUAUUGUUCACGAGCGUCAACGUGAUGAUGGAGGAGACGUGGCUCUCAGCAUGCUUGCUGGAGCUGCGACUGGAUUGGCUAUUGGGUCUCUCUUUGUCUUCUAGUGUCUUCAUUGGAACAGCUUACAACGAUACCUAUCCCUAACUGACACGCAACAUUCCCACAUUUUGGCAGCACUGCAGCUGCAUUUCUGUAGCCAUGUGACAGAGAUGGAGGAGUUAAAUGUAUGUGAUGGUUGGGCUUUGUUCACCUAUGAGGCUUGAUUGUGAUGUGCCAGUAGAUUACUCCUUUUGUGUCCUUACCAAAGCUUUUGAUGUAUAUUAACGUUGUAGCGCUUUCUAUUAGGCACAGUAGCUAUUUUGCAACUUGCCUUUUUUUGUUUGAAGAAACACAAAAUAUGUGAUAUUCUAAUGCACAUCUGAAGAAAAGGUUUUGAUAUAUUUAAACUUAUUUUAUCUUUUUCAGGUCUAGCAAAUGUAAAGUCUUCUAACUGAUGCCUCAUAUAGUAGAGUGGUCAUUAAGAGUGGGACUAGAGUUUUUUUUUAUUGGAACAUGCCUGAGCUUGUAAAAUCCUGAUUCUUCACUUUACACAUCUGUCUUAAAUCCAAUGUCCUUUUGAGGGUUUUCACUAGUUUUUACUUGCCUUCAUUUGUUGUUAUUUGGUUAUUGUCAUUCCUUGAACAUGGAAGGAUAUUGGAUAUUUUUGGAAGUGAAUCUAGGAUUCGUUUUUUUUACUACAGUCAUUAUUGCUUGGUUUUCCUAUUACUUCAUUGUCAGCUGUUGAACCAUGUCUUUUGUUUUAUCUCACCUCAUGUGAGAGGUGAGGAGGAGAUGCAUGUGUAAACUAGAGUAUGCACAAACAUCAGGCUAAUCUUACAUUUAGAAGCUGCUACAACAGAGAACUGAAUGAUACUCCUUGACAUUUCAAUUGUUUUGACUUUACGCCACUACUAAAAUCAUUUUUAAAUAUGUGUCUAUUUUUCAUGUUACUGAUAUUUAUGGAUAUUUAUUGACUCAUUACAUUAUGUGCUCUUUGGUUAACUGGAUACGUUAAUUAGUUAAUAUUUGAUUGGCCUCAUUUGUUGCUGAACACAUCAGCGACUGGUUUUUCACCUUUUAUAUUCAAUUUCAAAGUCUUAUUUAACUCCGUUACACCACCUUGUAUAGACAUUUGGAAUACUAGAUUGUGUUUCCUUUUUUGACAUGAAUGUUGUAUACAAUAAUUAAUAACAGAUUAUAUUUAUUUGAUAUCAAAUGAAGUAGAGCUUGAUGGGGCAAACUGCUUUCAUCUAAUCACAAAACCAUUAUACCUUACAUUUCAAAUGGAAAACAUUUUGUUAUGCAGAAUUAAUGAGGUGUUUAUUGCUCUUUAGCGAUUGUAUGACAUUUUAACAAUUUACUUAUUAAAUUAUUAAAUCCACAUGAAUUCA